GGUGCUAGUAACGACAAUGACUGCGGUACGCCCAACACGACAUCAGGUACGGAACACACUGAGAAUCAUAGAAUACAUAGCAUCACUACAAAACUGGGAUCCUUAAACCACACACUUAUAGCACAGGCACUUGUAAAUUCCGAUGCCAUGAUACAUACUCGCACAGAUGAUAUGGAAGUGAAAAGCAUUCAGUACGGUAGAUUAACUGUUGAAUUUUCUGAUGGAUUGCAGACUAUAGUCCACCGUCGCGGUAUCAUACCGAACUUAGGAGCGGUGCUGAUUAUGCCCCACAAGCAUCACAAGAUAUACUAUCAGUUAAACUUAUACACCGUAUCGGACUCGGGGUCUAUUUCCCAGCCGAACCAGAUAUCAAUAAGCCCACCCAAUGCUUAAUCCUCAACGACAAUAACAUUCAACACAGUAUUGAUGAACAUAAGGGGCAAUAUAGGACAGCCAAUGAACAUAGCGAUAUACCUCCAGCAUGGCAUGCACGAUUAGAGCACUCACCCCCGCGAAACAUUGCAGCUACACUACAAGAUAAUAGUGUGCAGAAGAUACCACGCAAGGGAGUGUCCACUAUGAACUAUUUGCUCAACAGGAGCGUAUACCUAGACGACGUCGUCGAACCUUUCGGAUACGUAGAUAUAUAUUUCUUUGCAGUCUUCAGUCUUUAGCGGCUGAUCACUAGCACAAACACCUGAGGUAUAAAACCAAAUGUGAGGUCAGAAAUAAAGACAUACAUUUGCACUUUAUUUAAAGUCUACUCCAUUACACCCUAACAACUUAUCAGGUCACUGAGGGUACCGAUG